UUUCAUGUUUUUAAAGGACUGUUUUGCCUUCACAAUGUUUGGGGACUUAUUUGAAGAGGAUUUUUCCUUUAUUUCAAACAAUCAUUGUGGAAAAGGGAAGAAAUCAAAGCCCAGAGAUUCUGAGCCUCCAGCUCCCAGGGAUUUCACCAACCUAAGUGGUAUAAAAAAUCAGGGUGGGACCUGCUAUCUCAAUUCCCUUCUGCAGACUUUGCUUUUCACACCGGAAUUUAGAGAGGCACUGUUCUCUCUAGGACCUGAAGAACUUGGGACUUUGGAUGAUAGCAGUAAACCAGAUGCAAAGGUUCGAAUAAUUCCAUUACAACUUCAACGGUUAUUUGCUCAGCUUCUGCUCUUAGACCAGCAGGCUGCGUCUACAACAGACCUCACUGAGAGCUUUGGAUGGAACAGCCAUGAGGAAAUGAGGCAGCACGAUGUGCAAGAAUUAAAUCGGAUUCUGUUCAGUGCUUUGGAAACUUCCCUUGUGGGGACUUCGGGUCAUGACCUGAUUAACCGAUUGUACCAUGGGAUUGUUGUCAACCAGAUUGUUUGUAAAGAAUGCAAAAAUAUCAGCGAGAGACAGGAAGAUUUCUUAGACCUCACAGUGGCAGUGAAAGGUGUUGCUAGCUUGGAGGAGGCCCUGUGGAACAUGUAUGUAGAAGAAGAAUACUUUGAAAAUGAGAACUUAUACCGAUGUGGAGCCUGUGAUAAACUUGUUGAAGCUUCAAAGUCCGCUAAACUACGCAAGUUGCCGCCCUUUCUCACCAUUUCCCUCCUGAGAUUUAACUUCGACUUUGAGAAGUGUGAACGGUACAAGGAAACGAGCUGCUAUACAUUCCCUAUCCAGAUAAAUCUGAGGCCUUUUUGUGAGCAGACUGAAAUGGAUGAUUCAGAGUACAUGUAUGAGCUCUUCUCUGUUAUUAUACAUAAAGGUGGCUGCUAUGGAGGACACUAUCAUGUUUAUAUCAGAGAUGUGGAUGAAUUAGGAAACUGGCAAAUACAAGAAGAAGAGGAUAGGCUGAUUGAAGAUAAGGCUGUAAGAGAUACAGAAAAUGCCGAAGUAGAAGAAAAUCCAUUGGCAGUGUUGAAAGGGAUUUUAUCAGAGGACGAAACAAAGCAAAUUCCUGUGGAUCAAUUAGGGCAGAAAUUAUUGGAGAAAAAAAGGGUGUCCUGGAAUAAGAAAUACCGAAAACAAUAUGGACCAUUACGAAAGUAUUUGCAGAAUCAUCCUCAGAUAUUUCAGUUCAGUCCUGAUGGUCUUAAGGUCGGUCUGAAGGAAAACCACAAACUCGCGUUUAAGUCAAAUUCUGGAGGACGAGAUCUCCAAAGCGUGCCUCGGAAGAAUGAUGUCAGGUGCAAUUCAGAGAAAAAGCUCACAAGCCUAAAAGACAAUUCUGCUGGUUGCCAUUGGUUCGACUUGAACGAUUCAAAAGUCCAGCCAAUCGAGGAGAAGGAUAUUGAGAAACAGUUUCAGGGUAAAGAGAGUGCCUACAUGCUGUUCUAUCGGAAAUCUCAGUUAAAAAGGCCUCCUGAAGCGCGAGGAAAUCCAAGGUACCAAAUUCCCGAACACCUUCUGAAUGAAAUGAAUGCUGCUAAUACUGAACUACAGAAAAAGAGAGCGGAAUGUGACUCGGCAAACAAUGGCAUUGAUUUACAUCUCCAUUUGAGCUCAUGUUAUAAAUUCCACAACGGGGCUUUGCAUCCUUCGCUUACUUGGAAAGAAAGUGUUGUGGAUUUGACUAUUGAUAAAAGAAAAACACUAGGAGACCUCCGACAAUCAGUAUUCCAGAUGUUGGAGUCUUGGGAAGGAGACAUGAUUCUCAGUAUUGCCAAGCCUCUACCAGCAGGACUGCAUCUUUACCAGAUACUUGAUGGAGAUGAGCUGACGCUGGAUGGCAUCGGGCUGGCUGAUGGAGCAGACAUCUUUGUGUGGAAUGGGAAAGAGGUCGGUGGAACAAAGGUGAUGACAGGCCCUGCUCAUGAACCUGUGGUCAUCAACGUUCUUCGUUUAGCGGAGUACAACGAAGGAGGCAAGGGUCAGCAUUUUACAGAAUCGCAGCACGUCUUUUCGUGCAGCACAAAACUGGGUGAUCUGCGCAGAGCCUUGGCACCGUCAGGAGGAAUCAUCUUGAAGAAUGGGUCAGGACCAGAUAAAGAAGCCAAGGACUGGGAAGUUUUUCUUGAAGAAGAUAUGAAGGAAACAGUUAAAAGUGUUGGUCUCACGGAUGGAUGCUCAGUACUUGUCUUAGACAGCCAUGACCAGAGCUUUGUGAACGUGUCAAGCGGCAAUUUAACUGCUUUUACGUAUGACAUCAGCUGGCUUCAAGUUAAAAGCUUCUGCGGGAUGGAUGAUGACGAGAAAAACGUUAAAAUUACUGCCACGAUUGAAACAGUCAUGUCAGAUAUCAAAAUGAAAGCAAUACGGGAGCUUCGCCUAGAGGAAGAACUAGCAAAUGACAGCUGUCUUAGACCUGUUAGUGGAAAUGGGAAACUUCUUUCUCCAGUGCCUGAGGAUUAUACUGUCAAGGAAGCUGAACUGAAAAUGGGAAGCUUGCUAGGGCUGUGCCGUGGGAAAGCUCCAACUUCCACUCAGCUCUUCUUAUAUUUUAUCGUUGACCAAAAUGCAAGCUCUGAAAUGGAAAUAGUUGUGGAAGAGACCGCCUCUGUCAAAGAGUGUCUAAAUUUAAUGCUGGAAAAAGCUGGAUUAUCAGGUGACAACUGGCAUUUGAGAAGGAUCGACUGGUGCUAUGAAGCAGGGGAAGCAUUAAGUCAGGAA